AUGGAAAUGCGGCAUUAUGGGAGGAUAAUGGUGAUAAUGUUGAUGAUAAUGGGGAUGGUGGCGGCAAAAGACGAAUUUCUUUUUGAUGAAGGUAGGCACGGCAAAAUCGACAACCCUCAAGGUGUGGCCUAUGGCCGGCCCAGGUGCAAAAUUUGAAGAAAAAUCUGAGAGUCGCACUAGGGGUAAUUCCCUUGUCAGCUAUGAAAAUUAGAGCAUUCUCUUUGUCUUCAAUUUUUACUGUAGUCCAAUAAAUGGGUAUAACAUGGUUGGUAUUAAACAAAAUGGGGACGCCUAAGGAUUCAGGGAAAAAAAGAAUUUUAACAUUUGGCCAAAAACUAAAAAAGUUAUAGCCAAUUCAAAUCCGGCCAAAAAAAUGCCGCAUCCUGUAAUUUUUCGGUCAAAUAAGGGAUUCACACAAAAUUUAAGUCAACUUUUCGCUACUACAGCCUUCAAAAAGACUCAAAUAUUUCCAGAAAGAACACAAAUUUUAAAAAAUCUAUCUUCUUUCAGCCGUCCCUGAUGCCUUCCUCCUGCCACAAGACUUCGACUUGGCGGUAGAAAAGCCAGGUAAGUUUUCGUAGCUUCUCGAAAAACCUUCAUCGCCCCUUUUCAGUCUACAGACCCAGUGAUAAUGAGCUAGAAGCCCUAGAGAACCCAGACCUAUUUGAAGGGGAUAUCCUUGGAAUUCCCGCUUUUGAUCAGACCAGACUAAGAGAUGACCCGAUGACAGAUGAAGACAGGAUAUUCAACACACCUGUGAGGGAUUUUUAAAAUACGCGCAAUUGAUUCGUUUAUUUUAUGUGGACUUUUGGCCUUUUUAGUUUCACAGCUCCUUGAAUGUGGAUACAUAUGCGGACAAGUUGUGGAACAAAGGGAGGAUACCGUACUUGCUUGAAGAAGGGAUGACUCAAGGGUAAGAAUAUAGAAAAUUUAAGGGAUUCGUAGGUCAGCGGUCCCUUCUUGGUUAUAAUAAAGAGGUUAUUGUAAAUUCUAUUUUCUGAUUUACAAGCCAAGCAAAGGUUUUGAGGAGUGACGAUGCGAAAAAAGAAGAAAAACCAUAUGUGCUUGCAGUGACGGACCCGAUCCAGGGGCAAGAAACGUACCAUUUUGCAUCCGUGAAGCAUCAAAAAUGUGGCAAAAUGCUUCCCUCUCCAGGCGAAAAAAACUUCGUUUUGAAAUGCGCGCCCUUUCCAUCACAAAAAGAGCGGGCGCGCUUUUGAAAUCGGAGUUUUUUCACUUGGAGAGGGAAGCAUUUUGCAACAUUUUUUGAUACUUCCCGGAUGCAAAAUGGUACGUUUUUUGUCACCGGACCAGGUCCCCCACUGUAACUCUUUGACCUCUUUUAUGACUAGCUAGCUAAGGAGCUGCAGAUUUUACAUUUCUUCCGAUACAAUCAUAUCGAAACGCUGUGUAUAUGCAUUUUCCAGCCAAAGUUUCAACUACACAGAGAAGAAUAUAAUAUUACGUGGACAAAACAUGGGUCCUCGCGAUCUGCGGAUCCCUUUUGUGAAGUCUAAACAAAGUUUUUACGCAAACAAAGUAUAGCAGCAAGGAGGGAGGAGAAGAAAAAGACCGAGUCUUCGUUUUGGAAGACAAGUGGACAAGGACCUCUGACGGUCCAAACGGACUUCAGAAUUUUCGAUUUAGAGACCGUUAUUUCUUUGUGUUUUCACUCUCAAAAUACCGUUUAAACUAUGGUAUUUUGAGAGUAAAAAUAAGAAUUUUUACUGAUAUUAAACAGUAGCUUUUGCUGUUAGAGAUUUUAAUCUUACUGCUUCCGGCAAAUCGGAAAAAAUGUCUUAAAAUUUUCAGUCAACGCGCUGCGAUCGCCCAAGCCUUUAACGAAUACCGAGACAAGACUUGUAUUCGAUUCGUCCCCAAGGAAUCGGACGAUUACGAUUACAUUUAUAUCAAGCGGAAUAUCGCAUUUGGCUGUUCGUCCUACGUCGGAAGAGCCGGCGGGAAUCAAACGGUAUCGCUGGAGGUCGGAAAAUGCUUCUCAAAAGGCAUCAUUGCCCAUGAGUUGAUGCAUGCGAUAGGUGAGUAUGACUUUUAUAUCGGAUUUCUUGUUUUUUACGGAUCUUUUAGGAGGUGAAAACCAAAUUUAAGCCAUUCAAAAAACUUUAUGAUAACGUCUUUUUUUUGUAAAAUACGUUAAUUACUCCUCAGUCGAGUUCUUUAAAUUCAUGUGUUGAUAUAAAAUUUAACCUUAUUUUUUUGCAAAAAAAAAGAAUAAAAUUGGUUACAAAGAUUAAGGUAAUAAACAGCCACUCCCUCCUUCCCUGUUUGCCCUAUAAAUAGCCGGCGGCGAACGCUUGAUGAUAAUUCCUUCAAUUCGGGGCUUUAUCAUAUUUUUCGUCUGCAAAAACCCGAAAAUAUUUUUCGAUUCAAAUAGUUGGUGCGUUAAAUGGACGCAUGAAUUUUGAUGAAGCAAGGUUCAGUUAAAAUUUUCCAAGACAAGUGAUUCUUUUGUUUGCGUUUUCGAGACACCAUCGAGGUUUUUAGAUCAGAUAUAAGAACUUUUUCGAGGUUCAUUUAGACCUAUAAACCUCUGUGGUUUCCGAUGAGUGCACGCUAAAAAUCUCUUGUAUUUCUUGGAGACUCAAAAUCAGAAUUUCCCCUGGGUCUCAUCAAAUUUUAUGCGCUCCAUUUAGAACGCCUCCUAUUUGAAUCAAAAAAUAUUUUUCCGAGAACUUCUCGCUUAACACACGUGUGCGAAAUCUCAUAUUCUACGCCAAACCUUCCCAAAAGACCUCUGAAAUUUCAGGAUUCUUCCACGAGCACAGCCGAACCGACCGCGACGAAUAUGUUGUCAUCGACGAAGGCAACAUUCGUCCGGGCAUGAUGCGCAACUUCGAAAAGUACCCGAGGAAAAUCAUCGAUCCGUUGGGAAUGCCCUACGAUUACGAGUCCAUCAUGCACUACCACAAGCUGGCGUUCUCGAGGAACGGACGCGCCACGAUCGUCCCGAAAAACAACUCGGCCGAAAUUGGCCAACGUUACAAAUUGAGUGAUAUUGAUGCCGAGAAAAUCAACAAGCUAUACAAAUGCCCGAGACAAAGACCCGACUCGUCGGUCGAAUCCACCACCGAUAUACCGGAUGGAAGUUCGGGAAGGAUCAGUGAGAAAAUCGUGGAGGAAAUCAGUAUCAACAGGUAAGCAGUCCAUUUAGUCGAUCAUACAGAGACGGAACUAUCUAGUGGCCAAAAACGGACCAUUUUGCAUCCGGGAGGCAUCAAAAAUGUGUGGCAAAAUGCUUCCCUCUCCAAGCGAAAAAAAAUUCGUUUUGGGCGGCCUUUCCCUCACAAAAAGGAUGGGCGCGCUUUUGAAAUCGGAGUUUUUUCACUUACAGAUGGAGGUAUUUUGCCACAUUUUUGAUCCUUCCCUGAUGCAAAAUGGUACGUUUUUUGCCACUGGAUCAGUCCGUCACUGUAUACAGGUAAAACGCAAUACCAGUCGAGAAACAAAAAUUCGAGUCCCCACUUGGCUUUCCAACCGGACGUUUUUUGGAUAGUACGCCUCUUUAGACAAAAAAACUAUAACAAUGAUAAUGGGCAAUAUAAAUUUUACCGCAAAAUUGGCAAAAUAAUCAAGGGAAUUCUUCAUUAAGUUGCCGGACUUCAUUAUAAAAAAAUCGAACUACGUCAUACAUCCACGAUUUUUGCGACAAAAAAAUAAAAAAUUGUCAUGGGGAAAAUAUUAUAAUUUUGAUAUCGAAACGGGUCAGGAAAAGUUUAUCAUACAAAAUUUUAGUCUCAACACAACGCAGAAUGGACUGAUCACUCUUUUUCAGAGCCAUCUCUUCUAUCGUGACAGUCUCGACCAACUCGCCGACAGUUCUUUUUACCCGCACCACUUCCGAUCGUUGGAAACAUUUGACCGACCGUUACGGCGGUCAACGCACUACAAUUGCGACACGACCUCGUACAACCACUCCCGAGUCCAUCAUUGACCCCUCGACGACUUCUUCGGAAGAGCGGACCCGUCCCAUUUUCACGACGAAACGGCCCAAAUUCACGAUUACAAAUAAGGUCAAGACCGCCAAAAAGGUGGAAAUGUGCUUGAAUUUGAAUGCUCAUUGUGAGAUGUGGGAACGGCUGGGUCAUUGCGAGCACUCGGCAAAAUAUAUGGGACAUUAUUGUCGAAAAGCCUGCGGGCUUUGCGUCGAAAGUGUGGAGUUUGUAAAAGAACGUGAGUUGUGUUAGAAAUUGGAGCCUGUAGACUAAAAAUGGGUUCUGUAAAGCUUACCCAUCAGAGUGCCUUCAAAAUCCUACGUUUAUACUCUAAUACAGUGGGGGACCUGAUGCAGCGGCAAAAAACGUACCAUUUUGCAUCCGGGAAAGUAUCAACAAUGUGGCAAAAUGCUUCCCUCUCCAAGUGAAAAAACUCCGAUUUCAAAAGCGCGCCCGCUCUUUUCGUGAGGGAAAAGGAAAAAAACUUCAAACCGAAGAUUUCUCACUUGGAGAGGGAAGCAUUUUACCACAUUUUUCAUCGGAGUUGGACGAUUGGGGAAAAAGACGAUUGGGGAAAGGGACGAUUGGGGAAAAAGACGAUUGGGGAAAAGUACGAUUGGGGGAAACCGAAAAGUAUUAUUUUUCUUCCAUGCAAAUGUCGAAGUUAGGACAAUCGAGGGUGCUCAUUUCGAAUAUCGGGUUUAUUUUUUCUGAACAUUACUAGUUUUCCUUAAGUAGUACUGUUAAGUACUAAUUUUUUAAAAAUUUUCGAAAAGUACUGGAUUUAGGGGAUUUCGAAGGUGCUGGUUUCGAAAAUCAUGUUCAUUUUUCCUCUAGUACUAUAUAGUACUAUUCUGAUACUAUAUAGUACGAUGUCAAAAUAUGGCUUUUGACGUUAAUGGUGUUGUUUUGAUGCUUAGUACUCUUCAAAAACACGUUUUAAAGACUUGGUGCUAUAUAGUACUGUCUGAUACUAUGCAGUACGAAGUAAAAAUAGGCGUACUAAGCACCAGAACAACACCACGAACGCCUAAAAGCCAACUUUACACUUCGUACUACAUAGUAUCAGACAGUACUAUAUAGCACCAAGUCUUUAAAACGUGUUUUUGAAGAGUACUAAGCAUCAAAACAACACCAUUAACGUCAAAAGCCAUAUUUUGACAUCGUACUAUAUAGUAUCAGAAUAGUACUAUAUAGUACUAGAGGAAAAAUGAACAUGAUUUUCGAAACCAGCACCUUCGAAAUCCCCUAAAUCCAGUACUUUUCGAAAAUUUUUAAAAAAUUAGUACUUAACAGUACUACUUAAGGAAAACUAGUAAUGUUCAGAAAAAAUAAACCCGAUAUUCGAAAUGAGCACCCUCGAUUGUCCUAACUUCGACAUUUGCAUGGAAGAAAAAUAAUACUUUUCGGUUUCCCCAAUCGUACUUUUCCCCAAUCGUCUUUUUCCCCAAUCGUCCCUUUCCCCAAUCGUCUUUUUCCCCAAUCGUCCCAGUUCCAUUUUUCAUGCUUCCCGGAUGCAAAAUAACACGUUUUUUGUCACUGGAUCAGGUCCGUCACUGUAAUUAAAAAUCUUACUGCCUCGGCGGAGUGUCCUGUUUCCGGAGAAACUAUACAAACUCAAAAAAAAAUUGUGUCUCUUGGUCAAGUGAUUAAUGCAUAAAAUUUUACGCAUAAGCAUCACACUCAAAAAUCGCCAAUAAAAAAUGUCGACGGUUACGGCAAAACGCGGUCUCAAAUUUUCUUAAAGCCUUAGGCUUUGAGAAAACUUGUUUUCACUUAACUCCGACCUUUUAAAACAUAGUUAUUCAUAUCGGUCUAGCCAGCUUUUCCAGCCAUGCGAAUCCAAAAAAAACCCCCAAUUUCAGGUCCAGAUCCCGAGCUUUCCCGGACAACGCCUAAGGCAUCCAAGCCCUCAAAGCCCCCGCGCUCUCCCGAGCCGGUAAACCGAGUUCAGAUGAGGGGAGUGUGCAUCGACAAGAACGUUUUCUGCGGCUACUGGUCGAGGAUGGGCGAAUGCAAAAACGAAUCCAAAUUCAUGCGGGUCUUCUGCAAAAAAUCGUGCGGUUUCUGCCCGUAG